CGUUUUCUCCGAACCACCGCAGCAGGGUUAGAAGGGAGAUGGCUGCCCUCAGUUGUGGUCUUCGACGGCUUCCGAGCAUUGGUGUCUGGCACGCACUUGCUUUGGUUCCGCCAAGUCGCUGGACCAGACGUACAUCCUGGGUUUCCAGCAGGAGAAACAGGCUUGUCGAUUCUGACACAAGAUGGGUGAAUCGGUAACUUUUCUGAGAUGGAGUUUCAUCGUGUUGUCGUCUCGAACUUCUGACCUCAAGUGAUCCACCCACCUUGCCCUUCCAAAGUGCUGAGAUUACAGGUGUGAGCCACCGUGCCCAGCCAGCACCCAAUAAUUUAAUUGGCAUACUGAACUCUGUUCCACCCGGAAGUCAGUGGACUUCACAUUUCUCUGCUGUUUGAUCUUAAAUAAGAGCAACAGACUAGGAGAGCUGGAUCGCCAUACCUACCCUGCAGUCCUCGUCUUCCUGGCCCCAUAGCUCCUCCUCUCCAAGCAUGUCUUCCCCACUGCAGAGAGCUGCGGGAGAUACCAAGAGGGCCUUGUCUGCAUCUUCUAGUUCCUCUGCCAGUCUACCCUUCGAUGACAGGGACUCAAACCAUACCUCAGGGGGGAAUACUGACUCUUUGUUAGCUGAUGAAGGCAGUGACUUUGAAGAUAGCUUCAAUCGCAAUGUGAAGAAGAAAGCAAAAGGACCACCAAAAACAACGCCGGUGGCAAACAUCCAAAGAAAGGUUCCGAGUGGCACAUCGUCAUAGCCGGAAACAGUCAGAGCCACCAGCCAAUGAUCUUUUCAAUGCUGUGAAAGCCACCAAAAGUGACAUGAAGUCUUUGGUAGAUGAGUGGCUGGAUAGCUACAAGCAAGACCAGGAUGCAGGAUUUCUGGAGCGUGUUAACUUUUUCAUCUGAACUUGUGGAUGUAAAGGCACUGUGAGCCCUGAGGUGUUCAAGAAGAUGUCCAACUCAGAGAUCAUCCAGCACCUGACACAGCGUGUAAUGAGGUGGAAGAAGACGACCAGGAUCUUCUUACCCCUCUUAUUUCAAAACAAAAUGCCUAUUAUCCCCUUCUUUUUGAUUCUGUGAAAUAGGGUAGCUUUUAGAAGGUGGAGUUCAGUCUCUUGGGGGUAAAAGAGAUCUGAAUAUGCCUCUCAAACUGGGGAGACUACCAGGAAAUGAAGUAUAUCAGAGAUAUUUUUACUAGACUGUUGGGUUUUGACAUCCAAGCCCCUAUGACUUCAUAGACCUGGUCAUAACUUUCCCAUCCUUUUCAUACAUCCUUUUGUAGGACUCAGGGGACUAUCCUCUGACAGCUCCAGGUCCAUCCUGGAAGAAGUUCCAGGGCAGCUUCUGUGAGUUUGUGGGGACAUUGGUCUGUCGGUGCCAGUACAGCCUCCUCCAUGCUGGCUUCCCUGUGGACAGCCUCAUCUCCCUGCUCACUGGCCUGUCAGACUCACAGGUCCGCGCCUUCCGUCACACUAGCACCCUGGCUGCUGUGAAACUGAUGACCUCCCUGGUAAGAGUUGCCCUCCAGCUGAGUCUGCACCAAGAUAACAAUGAGCAUCAGUAUGAGGCUGAAAGAAACAAGGGGCCAGGGCAGAGGGCACCUAAGCGGCUGGAGAGCCUGUUGGAGAAACACAGAGGUUUUCUUUGUCAGCACCCAUUGUCAGAAGUGUUUAAGUGCUGUACCUGCCUGUCAUGCAAGGAAUUAAGUUUUGACCUACUUGUCAAGUGUGCAGUGUGCGCGUGACUGCAGGAGUACUAAAAGCCAACCAUUGACAAGGGAGGCCAAAUUUUCCAGGAAUGGAAAGAGCGCAGGCCUUCCAGUGAACUGCUGGCUUUAAAUUCUGUUCCAUUUAGUCACUAGCUCCAUGGCCUUAUGUAACCUCUCUUCAGUUUUCUUUUCUUUAGAAAAAGGGAUAAUCUCACCUUUUUGUGAAGAAUAAAUGAGAUGAUGAGUAAAUUGCCUCACUUGGCACACAGUAGAUACUCGUUGGGUUUCCUUGUAAUCUUAAAGAUGACCACUGGAGGGCAUAAGCCGUAGCAAAAUCUUUGACACUGAUGAAAUCUUUAAUCAGCUGGGUCUGUCGUAAGAGUAACACUACUGAUGUUUUCUCCUCACUUUCUGUUAGUGUCUAAGACCCCUCCUAUGAGGUUGGCAGGACUCAGCAUGACUGACCAUAUCAUUUGGCUGUUUCUCUAGCCCUCACAAAAGAUCUCUUCCAUUCUAAAUCACUAGAGAAGGAAACUUUCUACUUCCCUCAUUCUCUUAUGUUCUUUUUCAUUGUCAGGUUGAUCUUAAAAGCUUAUGUGUAUUAAUCUAUCCUGGAUUUUAAAUUAUGUACACUGGCACGAAUCUUUCUUUUUCUUUUUCUUUUUCCUUUUUUUUUUUUUUUGGCUUCUCUGGGCUCUUGCUUAGUCAAUUAUCGUUAUAAUUCCCCCAUUUUAUCCUUAAUUUCUUCCUCCCCACUAUUUUCUUCUCUCCACUUACAAAUGUAUAUAGGCUCUUGAAUCUUUAUUUCACUCUGCUCCUCUGUGAGUUACUCUUUUUUCCAUCCUUCCUUUUAGGGUAGUAUUUCCUUACUUCCUUAAUGUCCAACUAACUGAAUCCUUUUUGCUAGCUAGCUUAUUUCCCCAUUUUUCUUUGAAACUGUUCUUUCCAAACCAAUGACUUCCUAAUUCGUAAAGCCAGUAGCCUUUUCUCAGUCUCCCUUUCCCAAACAUUUUACGUAUUUGCUUCACCUGUUUUUGCCAUGUUACUGUAAAUUAUGGAAAUAUAGGUACUUCAGCCAUAAAGACUCAAGUAUGUCCUGUCAAAAAUGAUAUGUUGUUCUUAUGUAAUUGAAGAGGUGGGGUCUGUUGUCUUAAAGGAUGUUCCCUUUCUCCUUAUAAAUCUGGUUCUUUGGUAUCUAUUGUUCAUGUGAUCCAGGAUUUUUCAACAAUGGCACUGUGGGCACUGGGGGGCUGUCCUGCCAUGGUAGGAUGUUUAGCAGCAUCUCUGGCCUUUAUCUACUAGAUAGAUGCCGGUAGUACCCUGCUCCCCCACCAAGUUGUGGCAGCCAAAAAAAUGUUUAGACGCUGCUAAAUCUCCCCUGGGGAACAAAAUUAGCCCCAGUUGAGGACCACUGAUCUAAUUCCUUUCUUCUCAUUUUUGCUAGUUCCACUUCUGUUAAACAAACUGUACUUACUAAAAAUUUGUUUUCCAAAUUGUUAGAAACAUAUACGGGCAUCAUGCUUGGAAGAUCUUGCAGGUUCAAUUCUAGACCACCGCAAUAAAGUGAAUAUUGAAGUACAGUGCGUCACACAGUCAAAAAAUCAAAAUUUUUAUUUCUCCUCAUACGAAAGUUACGUUUACACUGUAGUCUGUUAUGUGUGCAAGAUUAUUGUCUAAAAAACAGUGUAUGUACCUUAAUUUAACAAUAUUUUAUUGCUAAAAAAUGCUAAUGGCAAUCUGAACCUUCAGCGAGUUCUAUCUUUUUGUUGGUGGAGGGUCUUGCUUCCAUGUUGAUGGCUGCUGACUAGUCAGGGUAGUGGUUGCUGAAGGGUAGGGCGGCUGUAGCAAUUUCUUAAAGUAAGACAACAGUGAAGUUUGCUCCAUCUGUUGACUCUUCCUUUUACAGAAGAUUUCUCUGUAACAUGAAAUGCUGUUUGAUGACAUUUUACCCACAAUAGAAAUUGUUUCAAGAGUCAAUUCUCUGAAACCCUGGUGCUGCUUUAUCAGCUGAGUUUAGGUCAUAGUCUGAAUUAUUUGUUGUCAUUUCAACAAUAUUCACAACCUCUUCACCAGGAAUAGAUUGCAUUUGAGGAAACCACUUUCCUUGCUCAUCCAUAAGAAGCAAUUCCUUAUCUGUUCAAGGUCAUGAAAUUGCAGCAAUUCAGCCACAUCUUCAGUCUCUACUUCUAGUUCUCUUGCUAUUUCCACCGCAUCUGUAGUUACUUUCUCUACUGAAGUCUUAAACCUCUCAAAGUCAUCCGGGAGGGUUAGAACCAACUUAAUUCUUGUUAAUGUUGAUAUUUCGACCUCCUCCCAUGAAACACAAAUGUUCAUUGUGGCAUUUAAAAUGGUGAAUCCCGGCCAGGCACAGUGGCUCACACCUGUAAUCUCAGCACUUUGGGAGGCCGAGGCAGGUGGAUCAGGUGAGGUCAGGAGUUUGAGACCAGCCUGGCCAACGUGGCAAAAACCCAUCUCUACUAAAAAUACAAAAAUUAGCCAGGUGUGGUGGUGCAUGCUUGUAAUCCCAGCUACUUGGGAGGCUGAAGCAGGAGAAUUGCUUGAACCCAGGAGGCAGAGAUUGCAGUGAGCCGAGAUCGCACCACUGCAGUGCUACAGAGUAAGACUCUGUCUCCAAAAUAAAUGAAAUGAAAUAAUGAAAUGAAAUAGAAAUGAAAUAAAUGAAAUGAAUGAAAGAAAUGGGAUAACUGAAAUGAAAGGAAAGGAAAUGAAAUAAAUGAAAUGGUGAAUCCUUCCCAAUUGGGGGAUUGGGUUUUUCUGGAUUUUGUUUUUUGUUUUGAAGACAGGGUCUCGUUCUUUUGCCUAGACUGGAAUGCACUGGUGCAGUCAUGGCUCACUUCAGCCUCAACCUCCUCUGCUCAAGUGAUGUUCCUGCCUUAUCCUCCCAAGCAUCUGGGACUACAGAUGGCAUACCACACCUGGCUAGUUUUUGUUUUGUUUCUGUAGAGACGGGGUCUCACUCUGUUGCUCAGGCUAGUCUUGAACUCCUGGGCUUAAUCAGUCCUCCCACCUCAGCCUCCCAAAAAGCUGGGGUUGUAGGCAUGAGCCACCAUGCCUAACCCCAGGACAUUUUAAAUGAACUUUGCCCAAAUCAUCAGAGAAAUCACUGUGGCAUCUAUAGCCUUAUGACAUGUAUUUCUGAAAUAAGAAGACUUGAAAGUUGAAAUUACUCCUUGUUCCAUGGGCUGCAAAAUGGAUGUUGUGUUAGUGGGCAUGAAAAAAGCAAUAUGGAUUUCCUUGUGCAUCCUCACCAGAGCUCUUGGGCGACCAGGUGCAUUGUCACUGAGCAGUAAUAUUUUGAAAGGAAUCUUGUUUUCUGAGCAGUAGGUCUCACCCAUGUGCUUGAAAUAUUCAGGAAACCAUGCUGUGAGCAGAUGUGAUAUCAGUUAGGCUUUGCUGUUUCAUUUAUAGAGCAUAGGCAGAGUAGAUUUAGCAUAAUUCUUAAGAGCCUUAGGAUUUUUAAAAUGGUAAAUGAGUAUUGGCUUCAACAUAAAGUCACCAACUGCAUUAGCCCCUAACAAGGGGUCAGGCUGUCCUUUGACGCUUUGAAGCCAGGGAUUGACUUCUCCUCAAUAGCUGUGAAAGUCCUAGAUGGCGUUUUCCAAUAUAAGGCAGUUUAGUCCACAUUGAAAAUUCAUAGUUUAGUGUAGCCACCCUCAUCAAUGAUCUUAGCUAGAUUUUCUUGAUAACUUGUUGCUUCUCUAUCAGUAUUUGCUGCUUCACCUUGUACUUUUACGUUAUGGAGAGAGCUUCUUUCCUUAAACCUCAUGAACUAACUUCUAGCUUCAAACUUUUCUUCUGUGGCUUCCUUACUUUGCUCAGCCUUCAUAGAAUGGAAGACAGCUAGGACAUUGAUCUGGAUUGGGCUUUGGCCGAAGGGAAUGUUGUGGCUGGUUUGAUCUUCUGCUCCGACUACUAAAACUGUCUCUAUAUCAGCAAUAAGACUGUUUAACUUUCUUACCCUUUGUGUGUUCACUGGAGUAGUGUUUUUACUUUCUUUCAAGAAUUGUUCUUUUGCAUUCACAACUUGGCUGUUUGGCACAGGAGGCCUAGCUAUUGAUUGGCCUGUCUUGGCUUUCGACUAAGCUUAAUCAUUUCUUUCUUUUUUUUUUUUCUUUUUGAGACAGAGUCUUGCUUUGUUGCCCAGGCUAGAGUGCAAUGGCGUGAUCUCGGCUCACUGCGACCUCCGCCUCCCGGGUUCAAGUGAUUCUCCUGCCUCAGCCUCCUGAGUAGCUGGGAUUAUAGGCGCCCGCCACUGCGCCUGGCUGAUUUUCUAUUUUUAGUAGAAAUGGGGUUUCGCCAUAUUGGCCAGGCUGGUCUUGAACUGACCUCAAGUGAUUUGCCCACCUCGGCCACCCAAAGUGCUGGGAUUAUAGGUGUGAGCCACCACACCUGACCUCUAAGCUUAAUCAUUUCUAGCUUUUGAUUUAAAAUGAGAAACAUGUGACUGUUCCUUUCAUUUGGAUACUUAAGAGGGUUAUUAAUUGACCUAAUUACAAUAUUUUUGUGUCUCAAGGAAUGAAUAGGGAGGCCUGAGGAGACAGAGAGAGACAGGGAAACUCUUGUUGGUAGAGUAGUCAGAACACAGACAACAUUUGUUAAGUUUGCCAUCUUAUAUGGGCACGGUUCAUGGUACCCCAAAACAGUUAUAGUAGUAACAUCAGGCUGGGUGUGAUGGCCCAUGCCUGUAAUCCCAGCACUUUGGGAGGCCAAGGCGGGUGGAGCCCUUGAGGUCAGGACUUCAAGACCAGGCUGGGCAACAUGGCAAAACCUCUUCUCUACAAAAAAAUCCAAAAAUUACCUGGGCAUGGUGAUGCACGCCUGUAGUUGCAGCUACUUGGGAGGCUGAGGUGGGGGGAUCACUUGAGCCCAGGAGGUUGAGGCUGCAGUGAGCCAUGUUUGCACCAUUGCAUUCCAGCCUGGGUGACAGAGUGAGAACCUGCCUCUGACCAAAAAAAAGUUAUUUUUCUCCACUAAGACGUGGAAUGGUUUGUUGGGUAGCAAUGGAUAUAGCUGACACAUCCCCACAGCCCUCACCUUCUCUCCCUAUGUGGGUGUACCCAGUCUCUGGCUUCUAAUGUCAAGGGCCUCCAGCUUGACACUUCCAGCUCAGAGUAUGUUCUUAAGUCCCUGCCUCACUUACAGAACUUCCUAGUGGUUAGCUAUGAUGCAUGGCAAACACACCUGGCAACAGUAACAUCAGCAUACCUUGAAAAUGACCCCAUGGUCUAAGAAGAGUAUGUGUUGAAAGUUCUAAGCUAAGGAAUCCAGGAGUGGCCAACCCGGAGAUUCAUUUCUUAACUAUGAGGAACAUCUGAACCCCUGGACCAUCUUGGGGAUGAUGGCCUUUGUUUGGGGUUCAGUGAAGGUUGCCAGAGGGAAGGUGCUAGGCGGAGGGUGCUAAGUGGAAAUGCUCUAUGAACUGCAUGCUUUUUUUUUUUUUUUUUUGAGACAGAGUCUUGCUCUGUCGCCCAGGCUGGAGUACAGUGGCGCAAUCUUGGCUCACUGCAAGCUCUGCCUCCCAGGUUCAUGCCAUUCUCCUGCCUCAGCCUCCCGAGUAGCUGGGACUACAGGUGCCCGCCACCACACCCGGCUAACUUUUUGUACUUUUAGUAGAGACGGGGUUUCACCGUGUUAGCCAGGAUGAUCUCGAUCUGACCUUGUGAUCCGUGCACCUUGGCCUCCCAAAGUGCUGGGAUUACAGGCGUGAGCCACCGCGCCCUGCCCAACUGCAUGCUUAUUGUAAGCAGGUGUGGUUCUCCUGUUCCCCCUGCCAUGUCUGGACUACCCUCUAAUUCCCCUGAAUAAACCCUAUGUCUUGCCUGCUGGCCAGGCAUGAUGGCUCAUGCCUGUAAUCCAAGCACUUUGCGAGGCCAAGACAGGCAGAUCACUUGAGGUCAGGAGCUUGAGACCAGUCUGGCCAACAUGGUGAAAACUCCAUCUCUACUAAAAAAAAAAAAAAAAAAAAAAAUUAGCUGGGUGUUGUGGCAUGCACCUCUAAUCCCAGCUACUUAGGGGGGCUGAGGCAGAAGAAUCUCUUGAAGCGGGGAAGCAGAGGUUGCAGUGAGCCGAGAUCAUGGCAUUGCACUCCAGCCUCAGCAGCUAGACUCUGUCUCAAAAGACAAACAAAAACAGGCCAGGCACAGUGGCUCAUGCCUGUAAUCACAGCACUUCGGGAGGCAGAGGCAGGUGGAUCACCUGAGGUCAGAAGUUUGAGACCAGCCUGGUCAACGUGGUGAAACCCUGUCUGUACUAAAAAUACAAAGAUUAGCAGGGCAUGGUGGUGAGCGACUGUAAUCUCAGCUACUUGGGAGGCUGAGGCAGAAGAAUUGCUUGAACCCAGGAGUCAGAGGCUGCAGUGAGCUGAGAUUGCACCACUGACUCCAGCCUGGGCAGUAGAGUGAGACUCCAUCUCAAAAAAACAAAACAAACACAACAGAAACGAGAAAACAAAACCCUGCCAGGUGCAGUGGCUCAUGCCUGUAAUCCCAGCACUUUGGAAGGCCGAGGCGGGUGGAUCACGAGGUCAGGAGUUUGAGACCAGCCUGAUCAACAUGGUGAAACCCUAGCUCUACUAAAAGUAAAAAAAAUUAGCUGGGCAUGGUGGCAGGCGCCUGUAAUCCCAGCUACUCAGGAAGCUGAGGCAGGAGAAUCGCUUGAACCUGGGAGGCAGAGCUUGCAGUGAGCUGAGAUUGCACCACUGCACUCCAGUCUGGGCGACAGAGCGAGACUCUGUCUCAAAAAAAAAAAAAGAAGAAGAACAGAAUGUUGUAGGCAUUUUAAAAAUACAUUUUAUUUAUUUUAAUAUGUAUUCAUUUAUUUUUGAGAUGAAGUCUGGCUCUCUUGCCCAGGUUGGAGUGCAGUGGUGAGAUCUCGGCUCACUGCAACCUCUGCUUCCUGGUCUCAAAGCACCAUCCCACUUCAGCCUCCUGAGAAGCUGGGACUACAGGUGCCUGCCACCAUGCCUGGCUAACUUUUGUAUUUUUUGUAGAGAUGAGGUUUCGCAAUGUUGCCUAGGCUGCUCUCCAACUCCUGGGCUCAAAUGAUUCUCCUGCCUUGGCCUCCCCAAAUGCUGGGAUUACUGGCGUACCCAGCACACCUGGCCUCUGGGCAGAUUUUUAUGUUCUUAUUUUUAAUUUUUAUUUUAUUUUUUUGGUAUUUAAAUGCCAAAAUACCACUCUGUCACCCAGGCUGGAGUGCAGUGGCAUGAUCUUGGCUCACUGCAACCUCCGCCUCUUCGUUUCAAGCAAUUCUCCUGCCUCAGCCUCCUGACUACAGAUACAUGCCACUGUACCUGGAUAAUUUUAUAUUUUUAAGAGAGAUGGAGUUUCACCAUGUUGGCCAGGCUGGUCUCAAACUCUUGACCUCAAGUGAUCUGCCUGCCUCGGCCUCCCAAAUUGCAGGGUUUAUAGGCGUGAGCCACUGUGCCCGGCCUAGGAUUUCUUUGUCGUCUUCCAGUAAGUGUUAGUUCAAGUUCUCCUCUCCCCACUGUUGUUUCUUAUCAAGGCCCUCAGCAAUCUUCUAAAAACCAUAUUAUAGAUCUAAAAUUGCUUUUCAAUUCUGGGACUCAAAAAGAUCUGGAGGCUGGGCGAGGUGGCUCACUCUGGUAAUCCCAGCAGUUUGGGAGGCUGAGGCAGGAGGAGGGCUGGAAGUCAGGUGUUCAAGACCAGCCUGAGCAACAUAGCAAGAUCCUUGUCUCUACAUCUCUACAAACAAAAAAUUAACUGGGUGUGGUGGCAUUCACAUGUAGUUUCAGCUAUGCAGGAGGCUGAGGCAGGAGGAUUGUUUGAGCCCAGGAGUUCGAGGAUGCAGUGAGCUAUGAUUGCACCACUGCACUCUAGCCUUGGUGACAGACUCAGACUCUGUCUCUUAAAAAAAAAGAGGAGGCACGGGUGGGCACGGUGCUCACGCCUGUAAUCCCAGCUCUUUGGGAGGCCGAGGUGGGUGGAUCACUUGAGCUCAGGAGUUUGAGACCAGCCUGGCCAACAUGGUGAAACCCCGUCUCUACUAAAAAUACAAAAAUUAGUUGGGGGAUGGUGGCGCAAGUCUAUAAUCCCAGCUACUCGGGAGGCUGAGGCAGGAGAAUUGCUUGAACCUGGGAGGUGGAGGUUGCAGUGAACUGAGAUUGUGCCAUUGCACUCUGCACUCCAGCCUGGGUGGCAGAGUGAGACUCCAUCUCAAAAAAAAAGAAGGGGAGAUUGAGACAUUCAGAUAGAGACACCAGGGGUGUGUGCACAGGGGAAAGACCAUGUGAGAAGCCAGCAAGAAGGCGGCCAUCUGCAAGCCAAGGAGAGAGGCUUCAGGAGAAACCACCCCUGCCAACAUCUUGAUCUUGGACUUCCAGCCUCCAGAGCUACUGGACUCUGAAAUGGGCAUGUACAGAAAAGAGGAGACCCCAACAUGCUUCAGGCUUUGAGUGGAGAGGACACAGCCUCUGCUGGGACAGGGAACAGAGGGAUGCGGAGACCCCGAAGAUGCUUUUGGACAAUGGUCUGAGGUUGGGACAGUGGCAGGAGAUACCAUUCAUUCACUCAGGAUCUCCAGAACAAGAGAUCAGCCUGGCAGUUACAUGUGUUUUUCUUCAAACUGGUUGCCAGCAGUGCCCACAAGAAGGCCAUGGACAGAACAGAGACUAGUUUCCAUGAGAGGGGACAGAUUAUGGGAAAGAUCACGGCCAGCCAUCAACCGCACCCCCAGGAUGAGCAGAGCCCCCAGUGGAGCACCUCGGGCUACCCCCUCCAGGAGGUGGUGGAUGAUGAAGUGUCGGGACCUUCAGCCCCUGGGGUAGAUCACAGCCCCCCAGGUAGGUCCUUUUGCUGGAAAAGGAAGAGGGAGUGGUCAGACGAAUCUGAGGAGUCAUCGUCGGAGGAGCCACAGAAGGAGCUCGUCCCUGAGCCUGAGGAGACCUGGGUGGCGGAGACACUGUGUGGCCUUAAGAUGAAGCUGAAGCGACGGCGAGUGUCGCUCGUGCUCCCUGAGCACCACGAGGCCUUCAACAGGCUGCUUGAGGAUCCUGUCAUUAAAAGAUUCCUGGCCUGGGACAAAGAUCUGAGGGUGUCAGACAAGUAUCUCCUGGCUAUGGUCAUAGCGUAUUUUAGCCGGGCCGGCCUCCCCUCCGGGCAAUACCAACGCAUCCACUUCUUCCUGGCUCUCUAUCUGGCCAAUGACAUGGAGGAGGACGACGAGGCCCCCAAAGAAAACAUCUUUUACUUCCUGUACGGGAAGACCCGCUCUCACAUACCCUUGCUCCAUAAGCGUCGGUUCCGGUUAUGCCGUUCCAUGAACUGGAGGGCCAGGAAGAACCGCUCUCAGAUAGCCUUGUUCCAGAAGCUUCGGUUCCAGUUCUUCUGUUCCAUGCGCUGCAGGGCUUGGGUUUCCCCGGAGGAGUUGGAGGAGAUCCAGGCUUAUGACCCAGAGCACUGGGUAUGGAUGCGAGAUCGCGCCCGCCUUUCCUAGAGCUCCAGGGACUGUGGAGGCCUGAGGUCAUCGGCCUGAGAGAAGAACACCGGGCCCAGGGGAGAUGUGGAUUUUCCGCAGGAACUUUAUUCCAAUGCUCAUGGCAGACACCAGGAAGGAGGAGAGGAGCCGUUUGUGUAGAUCAUCUGGAAGAACCUGGACCGUUCUUGAUGGAGCUGAAU